AUGGUGAGAGUCUGUCAAGGAAAGGCAACGACAGCAUUUGUAAUGAAACCCAGUGGCGGUGAAGACAAAAACCGUGACCUCUUUGUAGUGGAGGAACUCUUCCACAUCACGCGCGGGAAUCUACAAGCUGGCAGGGAUGGCCUCGUAAGAGUCCGAUUCAAUGAUCCCUCUGUCGCCCAUACUGAGGAUGACCUUCUUCCAGCGGUCAAAAAAGGAGCUGAAUGCGCGGUGAAUGUUUUGAGAAAACACAUGCCUUCCCUGAAUGUUGUAGCUCGAGUUGAUUUUGCAUUGGCCGAUGACUACAUGGGCUGCCUUCUGAACGAAGUGCAAGGCCUCUCCGAAUCAACUUUUUUUAUGCAGAUGAGCGCGUAUCCACUCAAGAACAGCCUAGCGAGAGCUUUGGAGGCAUGGGUGCUUGCAACGGUGAAGGGUAACACCAAGUAUACUGCUUGA